GAUGGUCGUUCGAAGCAACAGCGAGCCUUCGAUCGAGGAGAGACAUUGUAGAAUCACAUGCUGAGCUCGACGGAAAACCCGGUGUCUGCGGUGGAGUACAGUGGCAUACGAGGAGAUACAGGGGACCAAAGAGUCGAAGUUGCACGAGGCAACUCGACAGUACUACUAUGAAUGUAGACAAGCAGUGUAGCCAUGUACCGAAGUUCGUGACGAGGGAGUGCCUGGCAGAACAACGACGGCACCCACGAAGCAUCCGAGUCACACAGAGCGAGCACAGCAGCUCGACAUUCAGUUUUUACUUUGAGCCGCUUUACUUACGACUGCUUUAUUCUAGAAUACACGAAGGACUACGAAGUGCAGGCGAAGUUUUAAGUCACCUCGAUGCGGAUCAACUGCCAGAUAAACAAAGUAGCACUCGACGGGUUCGAAGCGACAUGAAUUCACACCCAGAGCCCGAGCGCUCUUCGUUUCCUUUCAUUUUUGUGACAAGUUACUUACGAAUGUUUAGUGUUAGGGUAUUCAACGAGUGCGAACACGAACGGUCAGCUAUGAUUGAAGGAGACUACCGAGUUGCGAAGACAAGCAUCAACUACGAUAGCUUCUUGGGGCUGGUGUCGAAUGAAGCAGAGGCAGAGUCCCUCGAAGAUGGAGGGGAGAACCGCGCAUGCCAUGAAAGGUCGCUAUGGGAGCGAUAUGUAGAGCUGGGACGAGCGCGACGGGGUGCGAACCCGAGGAUGGCUGCACGGGAAGAGAAGCUCAGCAAAGGAGCCCGCAGAGUCCCUAGUGCAAAGGCAAAAAGGAUCGACAGGGAUGGACAGUUCGAAGCUGUUCGUCAGCACUUAGUACCAAGACUUUGUCCACCCGAAAGCGAGCAAGGAGGCCGACAGUGGAGGUCGAACGAAGUUAGUGACUGCACCCAUCGGAGUCGAAGACCUAUCUUCGAAGCAGGUUUGAGGGUCUACAGACUUAAGGUGACAGCUUUUGUUAUAGUUCGAACGUGUGCUACUUCGAGAUGUUUUGUUUCUAGCAGUGAACAAGUAGCAAACGAAGACGGACGACUUGAAGUCGCUCGGCGACACUUAGCGCAAGGGCUUCGGCCACCAGACGAAGCACCAGAUGGAGUUCCAGGCGAAGUGUGAGAAGUCAAGCAUGUGCGUGUGCAGAGAGUCGAGGGUACGAGAGCGAGAGGAUGGUAUAGCGAAAGCCACGGUGAGCGUAUCGACAUAUAGAUUCCCUUAAUACCAGUCUUGCUUUGUGCGACGUCGUUCAACCGAGUCGCACUAGUCCU